AUGGGGAAAACCAACCAGUCGUGUUUGACUGAGGUAGUUUUCUUGGGAUUCUCAGACUUCCAAGAACUCCAAGUGCUGCUCUUUGUCCUAGUGCUGCUCUUCUAUGUGUUUGCCCUCUUAGGGAAUACACUGAUAGUUAUUGUCACCCUAGUGGAUCCUGCCCUUCACACUCCCAUGUAUUUCUUCCUUAGGAAUUUAUCCUUCCUGGAAGUUUGCUACACCUCAGUAACAACCCCAAAGAUGCUGGUGGACCUGCUCUCAGAGACCCAGACAAUCUCCUUUGUGGGUUGUGGUGUUCAGAUGUUUUUCUUCCUGUUGUUUGCAGUCACAGAGUGCUCCCUUCUCUCUAUCAUGGCAUAUGAUCGUUACGUUGCAAUAUGCAACCCCCUGCAGUACACCCUCCGCAUGAACCAGAGAGCCUGUACUGAGUUGUCUGCUCUUGCGUGGACCAUUGGUACUUUGGUAGCCUUCAGCCAUACUGUUUCAACAUUUACAAAGCCCUUCUGUGGGGCUAAUACAAUUCGCCACUUCUUCUGUGAAAUGGUUGCUGUGUUGACAUUGGCUUCUACUGACACCCACAAAAAUGAAGUUUCUAUUACUGUUCUUACUGUGAUACUCUUAAUGGUCCCAUUUUUGCUUAUCCUCUUGUCUUAUGUCUUCAUUAUCUCCAAUAUCCUUAAAAUGCCAUCAGCGGAGGGCAGAAGGAAGGCUUUCUCCACUUGCUCCUCACACCUAAUCGUGGUUUCACUCUUCUAUGGGUCAGGAACAUUUGUUUAUAUGAAACCCAGUUCGGUCCAUUCGCAGAGCAAAGAAAGGUUCUUUUCCCUGGUAUAUACAGUACUGACUCCAACGGUUAACCCAAUUAUUUAUAGCCUAAGAAAUAAGGAGGUAAAAUCUGCUGUUAGAAAAAUGAUAAGCCAGAAAGUGUUCAGAUAAGAAGGGACCACGUGAUUAAUUUCU